AUGGAUUCCCGUCUGUCAUGGUACAGGUUCAUCCGCGGCUACGUCAUUCUGUGGGCGGACAUUUUCCUCCUAGUCAUCCUCCGCAUCCUGCAUGUAUUCCGGUCCGUGCCAUACAUCGAACCCGUCGCUACCCAACUCACUAAGCUUGUGGAAUGGCUUCCAGAAAAUCUGCAGCGCCUCAGAGUGAAAGUAUCAGUCUACGGCAUCACCAACGUCCGGUUCUUCCACAUCAUACGCGCGUGGAAAUACGAGAUCUUCAAACUAUCGGAAGUCGGUCAGAAGGCCCCGGACGUCGGGCUCGUGAGGUUCGACGGAGUCAGCUGUCGUCUGCUGGACUUCAUGAAGCCGGGGCGACCUCUGGUGGUAGUGUUCGGAAGCUGUACCUGA